CGGAGUCUCUCCCCUCUUCGCCUGUUGCUAGAGAGUGGCGCGAGGGGCCUGCGAGGGUCGUGCGGGCGGCGGCGCGGACGCGCUUCGGGACCGAGGGAUCGAGAGCUGCGGCUGGGGCUCCCUCUCGGGACCCCCCAGGAGCCUCGCGCUCAGCCCUCGCCGCCCCGCGGGCCGGACCUGCGUCGCCGCUCUUCUUUCCGGGUUGGCGGCCGGCCUGAGCCGGGCGAGCGGACCCUGUGCGCGCCGCCGGCCACCUGUGCGCGCCGCCGCGGCGGCCUGGCUCGGGAAGCCGAUGGACCGGCCCCCGAGCGCCAUGAAGCCCAACUUCUCUCUGCGACUGAGAGUCUUCAACCUCAACUGUUGGGACAUUCCCUACGUGAGCAAGCACCGGGCCGACCGCCUUAAGAACCUGGGAGACUUCCUGAACGCGGAGAGCUUCGACCUGGCCCUGCUGGAGGAGGUGUGGAGUGAGAAGGACUUCCAGGACCUGAGGCGGAAGCUGGCUGUGCCCUACCCAGCUGCACACUACUUCAGGAGCGGAAUCAUUGGCAGUGGCCUCUGUGUGUUCUCCAAACAUCCAAUCCAGGAAAUCAGCCAUCACGUGUACACCCUCAAUGGCUACCCCUACAUGAUCCAUCACGGGGACUGGUUCUGUGGGAAGGCUGUGGGGCUGCUGGUGCUCCAUCUCAGCGGACUGGUGCUGAAUGCCUAUGUGACCCAUCUGCACGCCGAAUACAGCCGACAGAAGGACAUCUACCUAACGCAUCGUGUGGCCCAGGCUUGGGAACUGGCCCAGUUCAUCCACCACACAUCCAAGAAGGCAGAUGUGGUUCUGUUGUGUGGGGACCUCAACAUGCACCCAGGAGACCUGGGCUGCUGCCUGCUGAAGGAGUACACAGGCCUGCAUGAUGCCUUCCUCAAGACCCAAGACUUCAAGGGCCCCGAAGACGGCUGCACAAUGAUAAAGCAUAACUGCUACGUCAGCCAGCAGGACCUGGGCCCAUUUCCCUUUGGCAUCCGGAUUGACUAUGUGCUUUACAAGGCGGUUCCUGGGUUCUACAUCUCCUGUAAAUCACUCAAGAUCACCACUGGUCAUCACCCCCACCAUGGCACCCCACUCUCUGAUCACGAGGCCCUCAUGGCAACUUUCUGUGUGAGGCACGGCCCGCCUCAGCACAGCCCCAGCCCUCCCCACAGCCCAGCAGAGAAGUCAUCACUGAUCAGAGUGCUGAGGGACGCCUGGAUGGAGAUGGGGCUGGGCAUCGCUCGAGCUCGCUGGUGGAUUGCCUUUGCUGGCUAUGUGAUUGGCCUGGGGCUGCUUCUUCUGAUGUUACUGUGUGUUCUGGCAGCAGGGGAAGGGGCCAGGGAAGUAGCUAUACUGUUUUGGAGCCCCAGCGCAGGACUGGUGUUAGGGGCAGGCGCAGUCUUCCUCUUCCAUGUCCAUGAAGCCAAAGGCUUACAUAGCAUCCAGGCCGAGCUCCAGCAUGCGCUGAAAAAGGCAAAAGAGGCGCAGGCCCUGGGCGCAGAGCCCCAGCUAGCUCCACUGCUGGGGCAGCAGGAGGGGGACAGAGCCGAGGAAUAAUAAAGCUUGACACUUCA